CCCCAAGCCAGGAUGCCCAGCGCUUGCCAUCCGCUUCCGCGACACCCAUUGAUGUCUCUCCCACGUCCGCUCCUGCCAUAAUCUCCUCGCGGAGAUCCUGGGCCCGGGAUGAUUCCCGACCCGCUUGUGCCGGCCCUGCUGGCGCGUCCCACCCCGGACCACCCCUCGGCGGAGAAAAUCCUCCCCUCGUCGGAGCCCACGAGGCCCAGCCAGCUCAACUUCUUCACCCCGCAGCUGGACUCCGUCAUCCAGGCCUCCAGCAUUGCGGACUUGUGCGCCGUCUACCGGCCCUUCGAGCUGCUCUUGGAGACUGGCCACCAUAGUGGCCUGUGGUGGCUGGACCUCGCGGCCCCCUCGGACCGGGAUAUCGAGACCAUCUCUCGCUUCUUCGGCCUCCAUCCGCUGACCACCGAGGAUAUCAACACACGCGAGACCAGAGAGAAGAUCGAGCUGUUCGCCUCGUACUAUUUUCUCUCUCUUCGCCCGCCGCGCAAGUUCGAGACGGACGAGGGCGUCCGCAUCGUCUCGCAUAAUGUCUACGCCCUCGUCUUCAGAGAGGGCGUUGUCAGCUUCAGCUUCGACCCCAGUCUGCAUGCCGGGCACGUGCAGCAGCGGAUCAAGGAGCAUGGGACCCAUCUGUCGCUGACGAGCGAUUGGAUCUGCUAUGCCUUGAUCGACGACAUCGUCGACGGCUUCGGCCCAUUCAUCAGCCGGGUCGAAUCGGGCGUCGAGAUGAUGGAAGAUAACAUCACCAUCACGCGGCCCGACGAGAUCGGUCUGGUCCUGCAGCGCAUCUACAAGUGGCGCAAGGAGGUCAUCCAGAUCCGCCAGCUGCUGCACGACAAGAUCGACGUGAUCCGGUCGUUUGCGCGCCACUGCGACGCCUUCGACGCCCCGACCUCGCAGGUCUCGCUCUAUCUCAGCGAUAUCCGCGAUCAUAUCAUCACCAUGAUAUCGAACCUGGAGCAGGCGGAGCAGAUGCUCUCGCGCUCGCAGUCGAAGUACCUCACCCAGCUGCACUUUGACUCCGGGCGCAUGCGCAAUGGGAUUGCCUCCGCGCUGGGCCGGUUGACGGUCUUGGCGUCGAUCCUCGUGCCCAUGCAGUUUAUCACGGGGUUGUUUGGGAUGAAUGUCGUCGUGCCCGGGAAGUAUGUCGCCAAUUUGGUCUGGUGGUGGGGUAUUAUUGGGUUCAUGUUUGGGGCGAUUAUUCUGUUUGCCCUGGUGGCGAAGAGGAUCGGGCUGCUUGAUCAGUGAUGUGUUUUUUUUUUUUUUUUUUUUU